UUCUGCUGACAGUCCUCGACGAACAACAGAAUCGAAAACGACUGCCCACGCAAAGCCAAGACAAAGCCUCGAAAAAUAACCGAACCGAACCCAAGUGACAAAACAAAAAGUUCAGUGUCUCGGCAGCCGUUUAUCCUCCAAGUUUGGUUAAAAACGCGAACGGGUUCUCGUAGUUGCACCAUCCGUAUAGAAAAUAAAAACGCGAAAAGGACUGUGAGGAGUGGCAUUUGCAUUUGCAUACAUAUUUUAAUCAUAAAUAAUCGCUUAAAAUGAGGCAUCUCUGGCUGCUGCUACUUAUCGCCUGCGGAUCCAUCCACUUUCCAGGUGUGCUGACCUUGCCGGAGGCGCACCCAGCCAAAUCUUCGGCGGCAGCUGGAGGCGGAAAUGGAGGUGGCGCUGGAGGAGGAGCCGGAGGUGGUGGUGGGGCCACUGCCCAAACUAGUGGAGAACCAGGAUCAGAGCUGGGGGAUUAUGAUGAGGAGGAGCCGCAGAAGGCGCCCGGAAAUCUGGCCAAGUCCACACCAAGUCCCAAGCUGCCGGCUCCCUUCUUCAACCAGAAGGCAGUGGACGUGUAUGUGCCUGACAAUGCCACCAGGGUCAAGCUGGAGUGUCCUGUCAAAAACUAUGAUGCCGAACGGCAUGUGAUCCUCUGGUACAAGGACGCAAACCAACUCAGCAAUGGGGAGAAGUUGAUGAACAACAUCUACUCUCUGGAUAAUCAAUUCUCCUUGUCCGUUCCAUUGAAUUCCACCACCACCAGUGCCACCGAGCUGAGGUUCUCGUGCAGCGUGAUGCCUCAGAAUGUGCGACAGCAGGUGACCAUCCGUUUUGGCCCGGAGCCAAGCACCCCGGCUCCGGCCGUAGAUCCGUCUCCGGACGCCACACCACCACCCGCCCAUGAUUCAGCAACCGAUUUCCGCCGAGACAUUGGCCUUUGGCCGGCGGCUACUUUGCUCUUGGCCGCCAUCCAAGUGGCCGGCCAGGCACUCUACUGAAGCUGGCCUGGCCAAGUUCAAGAGCUCCUUAAAAAAAUUGCACCACCGGCAUUGAAGCCAACCGAGUUACGAGUUUGGAGAUGCGCACCGCAACAGAUGAGCUUGACAUUUCCGGAUGAAUCCAAGGAUUAGCGAUUGCUUGGCGAAUUGAGUUAGAUGUUGCUUUGUUAUUGUAAUAUAGGACGAUGAUCUUGUGGGGAAGAAAGCCUCCUAGAGCUAUAGAUUUGAUUUAAACUUCCGAUUUCCUGCUUCCUCUACUUCCAAUCCAAGCUAUAUAAGUAAUAGAUUCCUUUGACGGUGCAACUUGAUUUUCUUGUUAAAAAAUUACUAAAACGCAGAGUUUUCCUUAGGAAUAUAAACAUGAAUAUAUAUGCUACAUAUAGGAUCGAAUUAGCCUAGAGUAUUUGCUUUAAACGUGCGCUUAAUGAACAGAAACUUUAGUGAAUAAUUGAUUUUAACUUAGCGGAACAAAAUGCGAUAAACAAGUGGCCUAAUGAAUCAGUGUAACGAGAAUACUACGGUAUACUAUAUGUAUGAUCAGAUUAUCUGUACAUCGAAACAAUCGAGUGUAUGUUAUUUUGUCGGAUGUAAACUGAAAUAAACUAUAGCUGCUAUAGA